UCUAAAUUUCCAGCGGCAUCUUUGUUGCUAAGUAAGAAAAAGUCAACAAAUACUCCAUAAUCCAUAUCAAUUAUAGUAUCAAAAGAUUCAAAACCAUAUAAUUCCAAAAACAAUUUGAAUUUCAAAAUAAUUUUCAAAUUUCACUUCGCCCUCUACACGUCAAGACCUGCUCAAAUUCCAAAUAUACCCCCAAAAUAAUGUCCACUAACUCAACUAGUAAACCCUACGCAUCUCAAUAAACCGAACACCAAAAUCGUCAUUUUACCAUCUCAACGUACGCCGAAUAACCAGGCUCCACCUUAGCUCACUCUCACUCCGCCCAUUCUUCAGCCACAUCUCCGCCGCUUUCUCCUCCCUAUAAAUAUCUCCAUCACCACCACCACAAAAUUCCACACUCUCACACCCAGUCUCACGCAGCACUCAAUCAUCCCUUGAAGAUGAAGGCUUCAAUCAAAUUUAGGGAUGAGCAGAAGCCCUUGCUCAGAGCUAAAAUCCCACUCAAUAUUAUGAAUUUUCCCUUUCAAUCCGGCGUUUCAGCCGGCGAUUCGAAAGAAUUAUCUCUAAACCUCAGCACCUUCCUCGAUUCCGGCCCCUCGAUCAAAUUUUCAUACCGCCCAAAUGAUUCGCGAAACCCUUUCAGCUUCGUUUUCAAGACCGGGAUUGGUCAUUUCGGCUCGCCCAAUAAAAGCCCUUUGGUGAUGAGCGCCGAGUUCAAUUUAGUCGGGAAUCAAACCCCUAGAUUCUUCAUCCACUUCAAGCCCGAUUUGGGCGAUUUCUCGCUGAAGAAGUCGCACUCGUCGGCCUCGGUGAAGAAUCUGGGCGAGAAAUUGAAUGCAGGCGGAGAGGAUUUCGUGGAUGGCAGGUAUUUUAACGGGAGUGGGUUUUUCCCGGCGGCGGAGUCGAAGAAGGCGGGGAUGGUGGUGGACGGGCUGCUGAAAGGCACUGAGCUGACCGCGCGGACGUCGGUGCCGUUGCGCGAUUUCGCGGUGGUGAAUCUCCGGUGGGGGUUUAGGGUUCCGCCGCGGGAGGCGGCGGAGGAAAUGGAUGCGGUGGUGGUGGGGAAGGAGAGUGACCAGAUGGCUGGGAUUAGGCUACCGCUCAUGGUGAUGGAUAAAAUUGGGAUCGAACACGUGGCGAAAGGCGAUUCGAAGAAGCAGAAAUCGGGUCCGGCAUACGAUGAUGUGGCUGAGGCGUGUUUGGGGGUGAAGAAACAGCUUGAGGUAAUUCAAGCUGAGAAUGGGAUGCUGAGCAAGGCUUUGAUUGAUCUGAGAUCCGACGUGGCAGCCGGUAAAAUGAAUUUAUUCUCUGAUCACCACCGGAGCAAGUAUGCCGUAGGCGCCGCUGAUCGGAGAGGCGAUAGAGAUAAGACAUCUUUAGAAAAGGAGGCAUCAAGAGGUUGAAAGUGUUUCAAUCUUAUGAAGCUCUAUUGAAAUUACCUUAUGAAGUUUUUUUUUUUGCAUUCAUAUAAAUAUGAUUGAAAUUAUCGGAUCCAUUUUAGGUGGUACUAAACUAAGUCGUGGAGUCGAAGUUCAUUUCGCAAUUAUCUAUCUUAGACUUAGAUAAGAAUUCAACUUUUGUUGUCUCGUGAUUUGUACAAAUCUGCAAAGCAUUUCUUAUUUUAUUUGCA